CAGAUCCUGCCCCAGAUCCUGCCCCAGUCCGGCACCUCCAGCAUUGCUAUCUCCCCCGUCUUCAAUCGGCGGGCCAUGAAUUACGAAGAACAGCCCCGAGAUUUUGUCGGCAACGCCCAGCCCAUGUCGCUCGAGCCCUCUGCAGACGGCAUCUUUGCGCAAAGUCCAAUCGAUGGCCUCGGCGACUCUCUUCUGGAGCCUCAUGAUCUGAAACAUGCCGCCAUGCUCGACCCCGUCUCGCCGGAACCUUCGGGUCUGGGAAGCCAUUCAAGAAACGAGCAGCCUGGUGACGAUCGUCUGUUCACCGACGGGUCUGGGCGACACACAGGAAUGCGAGCCCAUGAGUCGGCAUCCGAGUAUGAUGACGAGGUAUCGAUUCAGUCAUACAACUCGUUCCGAAAGCCAGUCUCGUCUCGUGGUCCAGCCCCGCUGGUGAAUCCAGGCUACUCUAGUCCCCAAUUUGCAUCUGCCGGGCGUCUUGAACCACACAUACUCCAGGCGAACGGAGCCGGUCAACGAGACGUGCGGCUGCGACCUCCACCCGGAGGGGUCGACGCCGAUCCGUUCGCCGUCCAAGAUUCUCGAGCCAGGGCCCAAGACUCGCCCGCCGGUUAUCAGCCGCUGGCUGCAUUGGCGGCAGAUCGAAUGCACACACUCGGAUCGCCAAAGGUCGAAGCGUUGUCGGUACAUACGGACACCGCCCCGCCCCAAAGGCCGUCCACAUCAAACAGCAGGAUACAGGCACCAGACGCAAGGGAGGGAGAUGACCCCAUGCUUCGGUUUGCUGAGUGCCUCGAGGGCUGGACCAACGUUCUGAAGCAAUCGAUUCUCACCGAUUUCCGAACCUCCCGGGAAGCCCUUGUUCGGCAGCAUUCGCAGCAGGCAGAGACACUGCGUACCCAGUCAAGCUAUCUGAUCGACGAUCUGACGGCGCAGCUGAGAAACUCGGAAAACGUCGCGGCCAGCUAUCUAACGAUGCUCGAGAACAAGAGCAAGCUCGUCGAGCGGAUGCUGCUCUACAUUGUUUACAAGCGAGAAAAGGCCCUCUCUGUGCGAUUCUUUGCCUCGUGGAAAGUUGCCUAUGCCCACCGGCAGCAAGUCAACUACGGGCAGCAACUUGCACGCCAACAGCAUAUCCGACACCAGCAGCGCAAGGCCCUGCGCGGAUGGCAAAGGGUCGCCGGCAUACACUGGAAACGGAGCGUCGAGAAGAAGGCCCGUCGCGAGGCCGAGAGCAGCAUGGAGAAACUGGCAACCGAAUACGAAAAGCGGAUCGCAGAGCUCAACGCCCGCAUCGAAACGCUGACGCUGCGCCUGCAAGAGUCCGAUAGUAACAGAGCCAAGCAACAGGAGGAUGUGAAGAAGGCAUUUAUGCGCGGCCUCUGUGCCCUCAACAUGGAGGCCAUGAGCGUGCUGAAGACCACCGACGAUGGCAGCAGCUUAAUCGCAGGCCUCAUGGGCGGCGCCAAGGGUGAUUCGGCUGAGGCAGACAUGAGCAGCAACCUUGGCCUCUCUCGAGUUUCCGAGUUUGCCGCCGACCGGUCUGAUAUCCGCAGAACCCAGCCCGGCCCGACUCGAUCCGCUGAAAGUGCUGAGCAGGAUGGGGACAGGAACGGCCGCCUUGGCAGAGCCCGAUGGCUACCGACCCGGCAACUACCAGCCUAAGCACACCAAGUUUGCCGAUGUCGAUCAGGGCAUCUACGUGACCCGGCAUGUUCCUGGCAACACACCGGGCACCCCCAAGCUGGGCUGAGUCGAGAGUUGCUGUAGAGCCGAGGGCUACUGCAGCACCAAGGGUUGCCCAAUAUAUCGCCUCCGUGGUGAAGAACGGACCUGAACAGCUGUGUUGUGAGUGGGUUGAAGGAGCAAUGAACCGUGACGAUCUCGUCCGUGCGGCCGGUCAUCCUGCAGCACUAGCGAGCGGCAGGGAGGCAUGGCCGGCAUGCUGCAUGCUGGAGC